AUGGCACUUACCCCUGCCCACUUCCCACGUUUGAGCCCUCAAGAUAUCCUAGACUGCCAAGUUUCAUCUUGGUAUCCCUUAUUUUCCCAUAUCUCCAUCAAAACCACGAUUAUCAAGCCUGUGCCACCAGAAUUACGCGAAUAUCUUCUUGCAGAUGGGUUGUUCGCUCCAAGAGGGUCUACAGACGAUAACGAUGGCUCAGAGAACGAAGACGAUGAGGAUUCAGAGACUGAAGAUGGCAAAGUUUCCUUUGCGUUUCCAACCCUAGACGCGCAGAUACGUGAGGCAAUUUCGAAAUACGAUGCCGUCUUUCCAAAGCUCAAUUGGUCCUCUCCCAAAGACGCUCAGUGGGUUCUGAGCACGUCCGAAUUCAUGCGGUGCACAACUCCUGCCGAAGUGUACCUUUCACUCAAAGCUUCCGACUUUGUCCAACAUGACCUCAACCCCGCAUUUGUAUUCGAACACUUGGAUGCCCCAGAAUACGAACUCGAGCUUGUACUCAAGAAAUGGUACACCUUCCACAGGAGCAGAGAGAUGCGUUGCUUUGUUCGAGGAAGCAUUCUAAUAGCCAUUAGCCAACGCGAUCUGGUAUACUACGAUUUCCUUACUGCAGAUGAUGCGCAGAAUACGAUACGAAAUACAAUAUACCGAUUGUGGAAGGAGGAAAUUGAUCCAAAAUGGGGAAGCCACACAGAUUACAUUUUCGACGUAUUGCUCACCCGAGACUUGGAGAGAGCACACAUCGUCGAUUUCAACCCAUACGCUCCCAAAACCGACUCGCUUAUGUUCACAUAUGAGGAACUGCAAUCGAUACACUCAUCCAGCAGUGCGAGUGGAUUCAGUCCAGUCCUCCGAAUCAUUGAUAGUCGAUCACAUCCGCUCGCCAAUGUGAACGGUCCUUUAAAUCAGCACAAUAUGCUUCCGCUAGAUGCCUUCUCGCUUAGCCAAGGGAAGACAGGUCAAGAAUUUGCCGAUGCACUCGCGGAUGCAAUUCAGGAGGCCAACGCUCGAGAGGAGUAA